AUGGUCCACAGCACUGCAUCGGUAUCAUUUCCUCCUGGAAUUCACGUACCCAGUCUGACCUGGUUCGCCAAUGAUACCACUCAAGAGAUUGACUGGCCGACACAAACUGAGCACAUCAAGUUCUUGAUCGCUUCUGGCCUCCAUGGCGAGGCUGUGACUCUGUCGCCAAAGGAGAAGUCCGACCUUGUCAGCACAACUCGCAAGCUUGCCAAUGAACUCGGUCGACCAGAUGUCAUCAUCACACUUGGAUGUGGAGGACAAAGCACACGGGAUGUCAUUGCAGAGACAAGACUUGCUCAGGAAGCUGGAGCCGACUUCGCACUGGUUCUCGUGCCGAGCUACUUCCAUUUCGCAAUGAACGAGGACGCCAUCGUCGAGUUCUUCCAGGAGGUGAGCAUUGCAGUCUCUUUGGGAUCAUGUUCAUUUCUGAUUCAAUCUCCAGNNCUUGCCGAUGCCUCACCCAUUCCANUCCUGAUCUACAACUUCCCUGGUGUUGUUGCUGGACUCGAUGUCAACUCCGACAUGCUCUCAAAACUCGGCAGCCACCCUAAUAUCGUCGGAGUCAAGCUGACCUGCGGAGGCAUUGCCAAGGUAGCUCGCAUUCGUGCGCAAUUCUCGCCUGCCGAGUUUUGUGCUCUUGCUGGACAAAGUGACUGGCUCGUCCCAGCUCUGGCUGUUGGCGCGACUGGAACCAUCACUGGCGUCGCAAACCUGUACCCGAAAUACUGCAUUGAAAUCUACAACUUGUGGACGCAAGGCAAGACCAAGGAGGCCGAGAAGGCACAACUGGAGCUUGCAAAGAUGGAGUGGGGAUUCGCAAAGGGUGGUAUCAACGGCACAAAAUGGGUUGUUGCGAAACUCAGAGGAUACUCGCUCAACAACUGCCACUGCAGGCGGCCGUAUCCCAAGUUUGUUGACGCGAAGAAGCAGGCGUGGGUUUUGGAUACUGUGAGUCCGCUACAGAAGCAAGAGGAUAACCUGGUUUAA